ACCAUUGCACAGAAUCUUCUAGGGUUUGGGGGGAAUAUACAGACUGACAAAAAGUGGCAUCCAACCACGACACAGAAAACAUUGAAGCGGGGACUAAUUUAAAAAAAGCAGGCAUGCUCUUGAAGGUAAGGGGACUGGAAUAAAAAAAAAAAAAAAGACUCGUCGUGAACAGGCUUUUACAUCUGGUGGGUGGUUUGCAAUGCAAGAAUUGCACCGUUCUGCGAGUGAUUGCUUAGCUGACUAGCUCGGAGACGCUGCUGUGAUUGACCCUGCUAACGUCCCUUCCAAAGGAAGCUUUUUUUUUAAACCAGAAUGUCACUGAUUGCAAGGCUUGUUGACUUGCUUGGGAGAAGCUGGAAUGCAGAGAGUAUGGUGUGGUGUGAAAAAGGUGUCCAGAUGCUGCUGACCACAGUUGGGGCAUUCGCGGCCUUCGGCCUUAUGACUAUAGCCAUAGGAACUGACUAUUGGCUCUAUGCCAGAGCCUUCAUCUGCAACACAACCAACCUCACUGUGGAUGACCCACACCAGAAAGACAAAAAAGACCCUGGAGGCCUAACACACUCAGGACUUUGGAGAAUAUGUUGCCUUGAAGGAAUGCGUAGAGGAGUAUGUUCGAAGAUAAAUCACUUUCCAGAAGAUACAGACUACGAUCAUGACAGUGCAGAAUACCUCUUACGGGUCGUAAGAGCCUCCAGUAUUUUUCCUAUCCUCAGUGCCAUACUGCUGCUCCUUGGAGGAGUUUGCAUUGCCACAAGUCGAUUUUACAAAACCAAACGUAACAUCAUCCUUGGAGCUGGAAUCCUCUUUGUAGCAGCAGGACUCAGCAACAUUAUUGGAGUAAUUGUCUACAUAUCUGCUAAUGCAGGAGACCCUGGUACCAAAAGAGACGAUGAGAAAAAGAGUCAUUACUCUUAUGGUUGGUCAUUUUACUUUGGUGGCCUCUCUUUUAUAAUCGCUGAAACUAUUGGAGUGUUGGCAGUGAAUAUCUACAUUGAGAAGAACAAAGAAGCUCGUUGCAAAUCGCGCACUGAGCUAAUCAAGAACUCAUCUGCAAUUCUGCGCUUGCCCAGUUAUCGUUUCCGGUACCGCAGACGAUCUAGGUCUAGCUCCCGCUCUACAGAGCCAUCUCAAUCUCGUGAUGCCUCUCCUGUUGGGAUUAAACCAUAUGGCAUGGCCCCACCUUCCACUGACAUUUCGAUGUACACCUUAUCGCGAGAUCCUUCUAAGGCUACUAUCAGCAACUUAUAUAACUCUGAGAGGGAUCAUACUUUCUUGCAAGUGCACAACUGCUUCCCAAAGGAUGCUGCUACUGCUGCUGGUACCACUACACCUACUGCGACUUCUGCUCCCACUUCGGUCUCUGCCAAGGAGAGUUCCAACACCAACACUCUGAACAGGAAGACAACACCAGUGUAGAUAAAUAACACAUUCAGAAAAUAAAGUAGGCAAAAAUGCCUGUAAGAAAAAAAAAAAAAAACUUUGUAAAAGCCAGUUCCUUUUUCUAAAAUACUGUUUUAGGGGCUCCUUACCCCUUUACCCUAUGGUUUGGCCUCAUCAGUCUCAUUCUAAGGCAGAGUAUCUGCAGUAGUGCCUCAGUCACAGCUUUGGAAGCAUUGGAAAAGCUGAACAAGAAUACAGGAUAAUGUGUUGUAUCUCAUAUGAUGAUGUGUCCUCUUUCAGAUGCACUGUCAGGUAAAAGGCAAGACUGAAUGCUGUCAAUGUCCUGAAAAGCAGCGCUGUACUAUAAUCCAUCUCAUCCUUGUGCGAAUUUCACUGAUUACAUAAUAAACUGUAUCAGAAGAAAAUAUGACUGCUUUAGUGAACCAGGUUUAGCCACUGAAAAGCAGUUUUAAAUCAUUAUGGCAGGUAUCACUUCACUCACCUUUCAAGAUGUGUUCUUCUAACUUUACUAUAUGUGUACGUAAUCACAUGGCUUGGGAAGCAGAGGCAACAGGUUUUCAUCACCAGAAAUUCAAACAUGUAUAAUUGUAACUGUUAGACAAUUCUUCUUUCAUAAGUGAAUGACAAUCUUCUACAACGUUUCAAUUUAUUUCAGCGCCAGUUUAGUAAGUGCUGUUACACAAUGCGUAGUCCUUUGAGAAGAUUUCUGAUGACUGAAUUUAAUUACUUUUUUUCUGAAAUAUUGUAAUGCACCCUAGGUUGUCUCAUAUUUCAGUAAAGAUGUACAAACAAACAUA